AUGGUAGCAAACAAAUUUGUUAAGUGGGCGUCAACAGAGUUGGAAAAUAAAUUCGACGAGGUGGAUGUUGAUGAUAUAAUUGUUGAAGACCAUUUACCUGAAAUUAGAAGUAGAAAAAGAAAAUUACUACCUGGUGAGGUAUCACAUGAUCAACAAAUUGUAAAUGCUUACCAAAGAUUUACUGUGGAAGUACACAAUGUAAUUUUAGAUAAAAUUGUGUGCAAAAUUAAAGAAAGAAUUACUGGGAAUGAAAUGUUAUAUGGUGACUUAUCUUGUCUAUCUCCUAUCAACUUUGUUGAUAUAGCAGCUAAUGGUUUACCUACUACAGCAUUAGAUGAACUCUGUAAAAAGCUUGUAAUAUUUGAUAAUAUUUUGAACAUCAUUGCAAUAAAAAAUGAACUGUUAAAUUUUGCUAAAAAUUGGGACAGCCUUAAGAAAACUGUUGAAAUAUACAAUUAA